UCUGUAAUAUUGUGUUCUUUACUGCGCAAGUGAGAAAUCAGAUAAAUAGAACGCAUCGAACGUUAUUGUAACGCAUAAGAAGGAAUUAAACUCGGUUUAAAAACGGGAAGAAAAAUAUUUUAGGAGUAUAGGAGGGGUUGCGUGUUUUAGAGAGUGUGUGUUCGUUCGAAUUUUUUCGUAACUUUCGAACCAUAUUUCCCUCUUCCUCUUUCUCCCUCUCUCUUUUUCUCUGUCUUUCCUUUCCUCUCUUUCUCCCAUAUUCGUAGGCUCGAUCACGGAACCGAGAAUCCAUUGCUGCUGGUGAGAGACACGAGAUCCAUCAUGGCGGAUAGCUCGGAAAGCUCAUCAUACCAGGAUACACGUUAAUAAAAAUUCAUUUCAAUUGGUGUGAUAUAAUCGCGAUACUCCCUAACGAUUCUAAUUAAAUCUAUUAAUUUAACGGGACGUUAAGAACAAUUAUUCGAUUGGAUAUUAUCGCAAAAAAAAAUAUAUAUAUAUAUAUCAUUUAUAUUCCGAUCAAUAUAUAUCACGAUCGAGAUCGUCAUCUGUUUCUUUGCUCUCUACUUAUAAACCUCGCGUCUUCAUGCUGGCCAUCAUGCAAGCUCAGCAACAACCGCAGCAACAACAACAGCAGCAGCAACAGCAACAACCGCAGCAACAACAACAACAGCAACAGCAAACUCAUCAACAACAAAUGGCGGGUACCAGCGUUAUACUUAAAAUGAAUGAAAUACAACAACUCUCUACUGUGGGGUUAUUGGAGCUCGCACAUAGGGAGUAUCAAGCCGGUGAUUAUGAAAAUGCAGAAAGACAUUGCAUGCAACUCUGGCGACAAGAAACUAACAACACAGGAGUAUUGUUGCUGCUUUCUUCAAUCCACUUUCAGUGCAGACGAUUGGAAAAGUCUGCGCAUUAUAGUAGCUUGGCAAUUAAACAAAAUCCAUUGUUGGCAGAAGCUUAUAGCAAUUUAGGAAAUGUUUUCAAAGAACGUGGACAACUUCCAGAAGCCUUGGAAAAUUAUCGACAUGCGGUCAGACUUAAACCUGAUUUCAUCGAUGGAUAUAUCAACUUAGCAGCUGCUUUAGUUGCUGCAGGAGACAUGGAGCAAGCUGUACAAGCAUAUAUUACUGCUCUGCAAUACAACCCUGAUCUUUAUUGUGUGAGGAGUGAUCUCGGUAAUCUUUUGAAAGCAUUAGCAAGACUUGAUGAAGCCAAGGCAUGCUAUCUGAAGGCGAUCGAGACAAGACCAGAUUUUGCAGUCGCAUGGAGCAACCUCGGUUGCGUUUUCAAUGCACAAGGAGAAAUAUGGUUGGCCAUUCAUCAUUUUGAAAAGGCUGUUGCAUUGGAUCCUAACUUUUUGGAUGCUUACAUCAAUUUAGGAAAUGUACUCAAGGAGGCACGUAUAUUCGACAGAGCUGUCGCUGCCUAUUUACGUGCGUUGAAUCUCAGUCCGAAUAAUGCAGUCGUACAUGGAAACUUGGCCUGCGUUUAUUAUGAACAAGGUCUCAUUGAUCUUGCGAUUGACACUUAUCGCCGUGCUAUUGAGCUACAGCCAAACUUUCCAGAUGCCUAUUGCAAUUUGGCGAACGCUCUUAAGGAGAAGGGGCAAGUGGUCGAAGCAGAAGAAUGUUACAAUACCGCCCUCCGACUUUGCCCAACUCACGCCGAUUCUCUCAAUAAUUUGGCCAACAUAAAACGCGAGCAAGGAUACAUAGAAGAAGCAACACGACUUUAUUUGAAAGCUCUCGAAGUAUUUCCAGAGUUUGCAGCCGCGCAUAGCAACCUUGCAUCAGUUUUGCAGCAACAAGGAAAGUUAAAUGAAGCUUUAAUGCAUUACAAGGAAGCGAUACGCAUACAGCCAACAUUUGCAGAUGCUUAUUCGAAUAUGGGUAAUACCCUUAAAGAGAUGCAAGAUAUCCAAGGGGCUCUUCAAUGUUAUACAAGAGCCAUACAAAUCAAUCCUGCUUUUGCCGAUGCUCAUUCCAACUUGGCUUCUAUUCACAAGGAUUCCGGAAAUAUUCCUGAAGCCAUUCAGUCUUACAGGACUGCAUUGAAACUAAAACCAGAUUUUCCUGACGCUUAUUGUAACUUGGCUCAUUGUCUUCAAAUUGUAUGCGAUUGGACCGAUUACGAGGCUAGGAUGAAAAAACUAGUAUCUAUCGUUGCCGAACAACUUGACAAGAACAGGUUACCUAGCGUACAUCCUCAUCAUUCAAUGCUUUACCCAUUAUCUCAUGAUUUUCGAAAAGCUAUUGCUGCUAGGCAUGCUAAUCUCUGCAUUGAAAAGAUUCACGUUCUUCAUAAACAACCAUUUAAAUAUCCACGAGAAAUAUCAAGUGGUCGUUUAAAAAUUGGUUACGUCUCCUCCGAUUUUGGAAAUCAUCCGACGAGUCAUUUAAUGCAAUCAAUUCCUGGCCUCCACAAUCGUGAACUCGUUGAAGUUUUUUGUUAUGCUUUGAGUUCGGACGACGGUACAACUUUCCGUGCUAAAAUCGCCAGAGAAUCCGAACACUUUGUUGAUCUAUCUCAAACACCGUGCAAUGGAAAAGCAGCUGAUCGUAUAAAUGCCGAUGGUAUUCAUAUACUCGUUAACAUGAAUGGUUAUACGAAAGGUGCUAGAAAUGAGAUCUUUGCAUUAAGACCAGCACCAAUUCAAGUUAUGUGGCUUGGUUAUCCUGGUACUUCCGGUGCCAGUUUUAUGGAUUAUUUAAUCACUGAUGAAGUUACCUCUCCCCUCGAACUUGCUAGUCAAUACAGCGAAAAACUUGCUUACAUGCCACACACAUACUUCAUUGGAGAUCACAAACAAAUGUUCCCACAUCUUAAAGAACGUCUCAUAUUAACGGACAAAUUAAAUCCCAAAGGCAAAGUAGCCGAUAACGUUGCUGUUAUAAAUGCUACCGAUUUAUCACCGAUGAUAGAAAAUACAUUGAUAAAGGAAAUACGUGAGGUUGUAGUGCCAGAUUCGAAAAAUCAACCGGUCGAAAUUUCAUUGAAAGUUGCCGAAUUACCAACAACUACACCGAUUGAAACAAUGAUUGCUUCUGGUCAAUGCCAAAUGUCUGUCAAUGGUGUUGUAGUACAGAACGGUAUGGCUACGAAUCAAGUUAAUAAUAAAACUGCUACGGGAGAGGAAGUGCCUCAGAAUAUUGUUAUUACGACGAGACAACAAUACGGUUUACCCGAAGACGCUGUUGUUUAUUGUAAUUUUAAUCAAUUGUAUAAGAUCGAUCCUCUUACACUUCACAUGUGGGCACACAUCUUAAAGAACGUGCCAAAUUCAGUACUCUGGCUUUUAAGAUUCCCAGCUGUUGGCGAACCCAAUCUUCAAGCUACAGCACAACAACUAGGUCUUGCACCUGGUAGGAUACUAUUCAGUAAUGUUGCUGCUAAAGAGGAACACGUUAGACGUGGUCAAUUAGCCGACGUCUGCUUAGAUACACCAUUAUGCAAUGGACACACAACAAGCAUGGAUGUACUUUGGACUGGUACACCAGUUGUUACGUUACCCGGAGAAACUUUGGCAUCUCGUGUUGCUGCUAGCCAAUUGAACACACUUGGUUGUCCUGAAUUAGUUGCUAGGACGAGACAGGAAUAUCAAGAAAUUGCUAUACGAUUGGGAACCGAUCGAGAAUACUUGAAAGCAACACGUGCAAAAGUAUGGCAGGCACGUUCAGAAAGUCCUUUAUUCGAUUGUCGAGCAUAUGCCAAUGGUAUGGAAAUGUUAUAUUCACUAAUGUGGGAACGUUUUGCAAGAGGAGAGAAACCGGACCACGUGGCAGCCUCAUUGAAACAAUGCAAAAAUCAGAAGUGAUUGGUCGACUUGGAAUAUAUUAUUAUUAUUUUUACGUUUAUUAGAAAUCAUAUUACAAGAUUAUUAUAUUAUUGAGUU